AUUAAAAUAAUCUAUUUUGAUAUUUCUUCGGGUGGGGUGACAAUUGAGAGUUAUUUCCCCUUAUUUUGUCAUGCAGUAUGCAGAAGACGUCUAGAUUUUGGUAAAAUUGGUAAAGGACAAAAGAAAACCUAUAAACAUGGUCUUGUUUAGGACUGAUUUUGAGAUAAAAUCUUUUUGACUACAGAACUAAUUAAAUCAUGGCAUCAACAAGAAGUAACAAAAGAUUAAGAAGUGAAGUUGAUGACGAAGGAGAUGAAUCUCUACCGAUAUCAAAAAGAAUAAAUGGCCUUCAUAUUCAAAAUGAAAGAAGUUCAUAUUUGAAUCAAGAAGAUCAGUUAUCUCCUUUGAUUCAUCCUAGUAACAUGAAUGGUCAUACAGAAUCUUGGCAGCAACAGGCUUCUCAACAACCAAAUCAUCACGCACAUUUAUCUCCCUUGUCUGUGUCUGCUGAACAUUCCCGCCAUCUUGAAACAAACUUGAACAACAAUAUUGAAAAUAGACAAUCUUCUUCAAGUAGUGUUUUAUUAAAUCCAGAUUUACUUGGUUAUGAACCUGAAUUAACUGUAACAGAAAAUCCACAUUAUUUUCAUAUUAAUGAAGUUUUGUAUCGAGCUCAUGUUGAUAGGGCGACAAGAACAAACCAAUUUUUUGAUAGCUAGCUUCCUGAUACUCAAUUGAAUAACUUACCUAUGUCUUUCAUAUUAUUUGCCAGUUAAUGUAAUGUUUUAAUUGCAUUUCUGUAUAAAGCCAUUAGGGUGGAUUUGCUACUUCAGAUCUGUCGGCAUGUUCCCAGUUAUUUUAAGAAUGUAAGAACUAAGAAAAUAAAAGAAGUCUUCUUUUAUGUAGUGAUUUAUUUUAAUCUAUAUUUGAAUAAGCAUAUACAUGUAAUUAAUUCAAAAAGUGCUAACUAAUUAGGUGUAAAUAUUAAGACUAGCUAAGCCAAUAAGACAUUCUAUGUGAUGCAGUAAAGUUAAUGUCAGUUGAUCUCAGUAAUCUUAUCUCAGAGCAUUGUUAGUCAAUCAGAAUUAUGAUUUGUGGGGGUGGGGGCGCAAUCCACAUAAAUUAAAGUUCCUUGCAGUGUUGUUCGAACUGAAUAAUCUGAUCUCGGUGACAAUUUAAUAUGCCAGUGAUAUUGGGCAACCUCACAUUAGCUUUAACAAAACAUGCACUAUGAUCAGAUUUACUAGAUUAUGUACAGUACUUUAUAGUAUGGAUAUCAAAAAUAUAACUUUUAACUCUUUUUAUUUCUAUCUCUGAGCUUCCAUAUAAAUGUGAUAUUGGAUAUACUGUUAAUUUAUAUUACAAACAUUGCUUGUGUCUGAUCGUAUGUAUUUGUCAUAGUAUAACUGUAUACGCAUGUAUUUAAUUAUGAUUUGUCUGAGCAGAGGUUGUGAAGAGGGUGCAGGGUAGUGAGUAACUCAUUGUGUUAUUUAAUGUUUUAAAAGUACAUUUGUAUGAGACAGCGAGUAGGCCUAGACAUGUUUUUAUACGUCACAUUUUCAUGUGGACGUAUUAUACCGUCGCCCCUGUCUGUCUGUACGUUCGUCCGUCCACACGUUCGUCCGUCCACAAUUUGUUUGUAGACACUCUAUAGGUCACAAUUUUUAUCCCAUUUUGACGAAACUUGAAAUAUAGGUCUGUCUCCCAAAGAUAUCUGUUCCUUUCAAUAUUGCAUGUUUCGGACAAUAACUUCAUGGAUUUUGGCCUUUGAUUGUUCGAAAAAUCACGUUUUUAGCUUGUGGACACUCUAGAGGCACAAUUUUGAUCUGAUUUUGAUGAAACUUGAAAUGCAUGUUUAUAACCCAAAGAUCGUGGUUCCUUUUGAUAUUCGUGCAUAUCUGAUCGUAACUUCCUGAAUUAUGGCCCCUGAUUGUACGAAAAAUUACGUUUUUAGCUUGUGGACCCUCUAGAGGUCACAAUUAUUAUCCGCUUUUUAAAAAAAACGUUCGAAUAUAUCACCAUUACACCGUAUGCAGAUAGUGUAAAUAUAUGGUGUAUUGAGAUUGUGAACCCUCUAGAGGUCAUUUGUCUGUGAUAUCUCCUCGGUGGAAGCGGACGUUAAAUGAAGCUAUUUCACACUCUCUAAAUGUCACAAUUUUGAUCCGAUUUUAAUGAAUAUGGAAAUAUAUGUUUAUAACAGAAAGAUCUUAGUUCCUUUUGAUUUUCAUGCUUAUCGGAUUGUAACUUCCUGAAUUAUGGCCCUUGAUUGUACAAAAAAUCAGGUUUUUAUCUUGUGGUCCCUUUAGAGUGCACAAUUUUUAUCCAAUUUAAAAAAACGUUUGAAUAUAUCACCGUUACCCCCUAAUGACAGUUGAGUGUGAAUUUCGUGAAAAUCAGACCAAAACUGUUGGACAAAAUGGCCGUAAAUGUAUGGUAUAUCAAGGUUUUAGACCUUCUAGAGGCCACAAUUUUUAUCCGAUUUUGUUGAAACUUUAAAUUUAUGUUUAUGUCACAAAGAUCUUAUUUCCUUUUUAUGAUCGUGCAUAUCCAAAUGUAACUUCCUGGAUAAUAGCCCUUAAUUGUUAAAAAAAAAUCACAUUUGUGGCUUGUGGACCGGCUAGAAGUCACAAUUUGUAUUCAAUUUUAAAAAACUCUUAAAAUAUAACACUGUUACACAUCCGGACAUUAUGGCAGCUCCUUGUACACAAAUUGUGUAAAAGUGGACCCUCUAGAAGUCACAAUUUUUAUCUGAUUUUGAUGAAACUUAACGUGCAGUUCAGACCAUAGCUUCCUGGAUUAUGGCUCCAGAUUGUACGAAAAAUCCCUUUUUUCUUUUUUUAGUUUGUUCUCUAUCCAUCCCUUGCAAAAUGUGGACGUAUCUUGUCUGGCAACUGCUUGUUCCAAAAGAUACUUUCAUAUUUGAAAAUAUGGAGUAUCUCAGACUGAGAGUGUAAAUUAAGGGAAUAAAAGCUGAAUUUGAAUGUCUCGGACCUCCUUUUUAGACAAUUUCAUCCCUAGUUUGGGUUCUUCCAAUGGUAUUUUUUUGAGACAGGAACUUCAUCUCAAGUGCGGCUCAGGAACUUCAUCUCAAGUGCGGGUCAUCUUUUUGUUGUUCUAUUGGGGGCGACCUUCUUCGAAAAAAGCAUAAGGCUCAGCCAAUGCUAAUGCAAUCAACAUGAAAAUGGUUGGGUUUUGUUUUUGCUAUCACUCAUGGGGUUAUGGAAAAACUUUUGGGGUAUUUCAAACAUUACCAGAUAUAUUAAAUAAAUUGGGUUCUUUUUGCUGUCCAUUAUUGGAAACUUUUUAUAUUUGAAACAUUUCUAGAAAUAUUAAAGAAAUGGGUUUGAUACAAAAUCAAUCUUUUAUAGUUAUAAUCUACAUCCUUGGGUAAAAUAAAUUCUCUCAUUAAUGUUAUCAAAAAUAAAUCUGCUUUUGGAAUUACUAAAAUAAUGGUAUAGAUUUGGUUGUAUUGAUCUAUUUAUUUAUGGGUCAGGAUAACUGUUUAACCUUUUGUAUUAAACUUUAUAUUUAAAUCACAAAUAAUGAGUUCAGAAUGUGUGAUUUUUUUCAAUUUAGAAUAACUACUCUGCUGCAAAUAAAAAUCCCUCAUAACCUGUUGAAAUGAAAGUUUUAUAUGUCUGAUGUAUGUGCAGUUUGCUUUUUCCUCCUUAACUUUAGUUCCCAAAUAAAGAAUUCAAUCUUCAUUUUUGUAAAUGCAUUAUAUUAUUAUGUUUAUAUUCUGUUUUUGCAUUAA